CCUUAUAAGUAAAGAUCACAUUUUUGAAUCAUGGGUUAAUUGAAAAUUUGCCCAUUCUUUGGAGGGUUAUGUUGGUUUAAUGUCAAUUUAGUACAAAAUUCUGUUUCUGGAUGUUCCUUUGCUUCUACUCUUUUACAGUUAAAACUUAAAACUUCGUCAUAUUGUAAUGAUUCGACUUCGCUCCCAUCAUUCCUACUUCAGCUUAGCUGAUCUUUCUCUUUACAGUUCUUGUUAACUGAAAAUUUAAUUGAAGUAGAAAUCUUGGAAGGGAAUUUUGUGGGUUUGGAGAGAGAGAGAGAUGGCUAUAGGAAGAUUUGGGCCCCAGGUGAAGCGCUCUAAUCAAUCAUACGGGUUCUUUGUGAAGCUAUCUGCAACUGUGGUAUUGGGCCUCUGCUUUGUGAUUGUAUGGUCUGUGUUUUCAAAUUAUUCUGUGACUUCCCAAAGGCAGACUUUUGAUGACAUUGCUGAGCCGGUAUCUGCUGCAUCAAAUGGGAAGGUGAGUAAUUUCGGAGUUCACUCUGAAAAAAUAGUACCCAAAAAGGAAAAAGAAAGUGGGAAGCAGAGAUUUAAGUCUGGAUUGGGUGAUAAAGACAAGAAAAUCAAUAAUGGGUCCGUGCCUUUGAAGCCAGAAAAGAAGCCGGAAAAUGGUGGUGGUGGGAAUGCGAAGCUGUCGAAAAAGGAUGGUGAAAACAAGAAUCAAGAAGAUGAAGGAUCUGAGGUGGAGGAGGAAGAGGAGGUGAUCACAGAGAAGGGAGAUGAUGAAGGUAAUGAUGGGGAUGAGGAUGCCAAUGCCAAUGAUUCUGUGGAGGAAGAUGCUAAUUUCAUCAAUGCGGAGGAGUUUGAUCAGGAAUCUUCUGAGGAGGACAAUGGUGGUUCAAGGAAGGCCAAUAGGAAGACAUCGGGUCCUGUUUUUGAUCCUAAAAAACGGUACACUUGGAAGUUAUGCAACACGAGGAGCAAGCAUAACUACAUUCCCUGUAUUGACAUUGAAAGUGCCACGGGGAGGCUGCAAAGUUAUAGGCAUCACGAGAGGAGUUGCCCGAGAUCAGCUGUCAUGUGUCUCGUGCCCCUCCCUCGUGAUGGUUAUGGGACUCCGGUUAGGUGGCCUGAAAGCAAAGGAAAGAUAUUGUAUAAAAAUGUGGAACAUCCAAAAUUAGCUGCAUAUAUUAAGACACAGGAUUGGUUGGUGGAAUCUGGAGAUUAUCUCACCUUCCCACAGAAUCAGUCUGUAUUCAAGGGUGGAGUUCAGCAUUAUCUAGAAUCGAUAGAAGAGAUGGUGCCAGACAUUGAAUUGGGGAAAAACAUUCGCAUAGUUCUAGAUAUGGGAUGUAAAGAUUCGAGCUUUAUGGCUUCUCUACUUGAGAAGGACGUCUUGACUCUUACGCUUGGCUUGAAAGAUGACCUAGUGGACCUAGCACAAGUUGCUCUUGAGCGUGGUUUCCCUGCUGUAGUUAGCCCUCUUGCAACUCGGAGACUUCCAUUUCCUAGUGGAGUCUUUGAUGCAAUUCAUUGUGGCGAAUGCAGUAUCUCUUGGCAUUCAAAUGGUGCGACCAAGCUUAUCUUGGAGAUGAAUAGGAUAUUAAGGCCUGGAGGGUAUUUCAUUUUGUCAGCUAAGCAUAGCAGUAUCGAAGCCGAAGAAGCUUUGUCCACAUUGACAGCAUCAAUCUGUUGGAACAUCCUGGCCGAUAAAACCGAUGAACUCAGUGACAUAGGCAUGAAAAUAUAUCAAAAGCCAGAAGGAAAUGAUAUUUAUGAACUGAGACGGAAGAAAGUUCCGCCUCUUUGCAAGGAGAAUGAGAACCCAGAUUUUGCCUGGUAUGCUCCGCUUAAAACUUGCCUUCACACUGUUCCUGAAGCUAUUGAACAACGUGGAGCUGAGUGGCCUGCGGAAUGGCCAAAGCGGCUUCACACAUUUCCUGAAUGGAUGAACAACAGAGAGAAGUUAAUUGCUGACAGCGAGCACUGGAGAUCUAUUGUGAACAAGUCGUAUCUAGUUGGAAUGGAUAUCGAUUGGUCAACCAUCAGAAACAUAAUGGACAUGAAAGCCAUAAGUGGAGGAUUUGCAGCUGCAGUUUCAGACCAGAGUGUUUGGGUUAUGAAUGUGGUUCCUGUACAUGCACCUAAUACACUUCCGAUAAUUUUUGAGCGUGGGCUUCUUGGUGUGUAUCAUGAUUGGUGUGAAUCUUUUGGUUCUUAUCCUCGAUCUUAUGACCUCCUGCAUGCUGAUCAUCUCUUCUCAAGGCUUAAAAACAGAUGCAAGCAGGCCAUAGUAAUUGUUGUGGAGAUGGACCGGCUUCUACGACCGGGUGGUUGGGCAAUCAUCCGCGACAAAGUAGAAAUUAUAAACCCUCUGGAAGAAAUUCUGAGAAGCCUGCACUGGGACAUCCGGAUGACUUUUGCACAAGACCGGGAGGCCAUCCUGAGUGCCCAGAAGACCACGUGGCGCCUUCAUUUGAGUUGGUGGGAAUCUGCAGCUGCUGCAUUCAGUAUAUCCUCACCAUUUAAAUGGCUAUUUGUUGAUGCUGCUGACUAUGCAAACCUACCAAAGGCGCGGCUACUGACUUUCAUGUGGUCGCUGACAAUUGGUACAAAUGGCAGUGCCAAUUGUGCCAUUCAAGCACGGCCGUUGACUUUCCCGCGAUCGCUGGAACAUCGACAACCAAUUGGGCGCAAAACCCCGCAAACUAUUCCAAAACCCCAGUUGGAAGCAUCAGCUGCAAAUGCCGCUUUCAAUUCCCCAAACAAUUUGAAGUUGAACACCAUGUCCCCGUCCGCUCGCCUCACCCUUCUUACUCUCCUCUCUGCCACCGCUACCCUCUACUUCCUCUACAAAUCCCGCAAUCGCCAACGCCGCCUCCGCCGCGCCGUCGUUGGAACCCACUGCCACGCUCCUCCCAAAAGAGGCAAACUCUUCUUCUUAUCACAGACCAACACUUCCAAAGUCCUCGCGCAGCGCCUCCACGCUCUCUUGACCCUCAACGACAUCCCUUUUGAUCUUGUCGACCCCAAAGACUACGAGCCUGAGGAUUUAUGCAAAGAAACCCUCGUUUUGGUCGUCGCGUCGACGUGGGACAACGGCGCCCCCCCUCAUGAUGGGGCUUUCUUGGUGAAUUGGCUGGCCGAGAGUGCUGAUGAUUUUCGGGUUGGGGCGCUCGUGCUCAAGGACUGCAGAUUUGCUGUUUUUGGGGUGGGGAGUGGGAGUUACGGGGAGACGUUUAAUGCCGUGGCCAGAGAUGUUGCGGCGAAGUUGCGGAAGCUUGGGGGUAGAGAGCUGGUGGAGUUGGAGGAGGGAGAUGUGGAUUUGGGGGAUUUGAAUGGGGUGUUUGAUCGGUGGAGUCAGAAGAUUCUUGAGGUUUUGAAUGGUAAUUUAGAAGAAAAUGAGCAGGGUUUGGAAAAUUAUGUAGUUGAGAGUGAGAGUGAAGGAGAUUUUAGCGAGGAGGAUGAUGAUGAGGUGGAAGAAUCGGAUGUUGUUGAUCUUGAGGAUAUCGCUGGAAAGGGGCCUUCAAGAAGAUCAGCAGUGGCAGCUAAGGCUAAUGGGGCAGUGAAUGGCCAUACUGUGAAUGGGGAGAAAGAAAUGGUGACUCCGGUGAUACGGGCAAAUUUAGAGAAGCAGGGGUAUAAAGUUAUUGGCUCUCACAGUGGGGUUAAAAUUUGUAGAUGGACCAAGUCCCAGCUUAGAGGGCGUGGAGGAUGUUACAAGCACUCUUUUUAUGGUAUUGAGAGUCACAGGUGCAUGGAGGCUACCCCUAGUUUAGCAUGUGCAAACAAAUGUGUCUUUUGUUGGAGACAUCACACAAAUCCCGUGGGGAAGAGUUGGCAGUGGAAGAUGGAUGAUCCAUUGGUAAUCGUUGACACCGCAAUUGAUCUACAUACAAAAAUGAUAAAGCAGAUGAAAGGAGUUCCAGGUGUAAAGGCAGAACGUCUAUCCGAGGGCCUUUCUCCUAGACAUUGUGCCUUAUCGCUUGUUGGUGAACCUAUCAUGUAUCCGGAGAUCAACACUCUUGUCGAUGAGCUACAUAGGAGGCGAAUCUCAACUUUUCUUGUGACAAAUGCUCAGUUUCCUGAAAAAAUUAUGUCAUUAAAACCUAUCACGCAGCUCUAUGUGAGUGUAGAUGCUGCAACUAAGGAUAGCUUGAAGGCUAUUGAUAGACCGCUCUUCGGGGACUUCUGGGAGAGAUUUCUCGACUCUUUGAAAGCACUGAAAGAGAAGCAACAGCGAACUGUGUAUCGCUUGACAUUAGUAAAAGGAUGGAAUACAGAAGAUAUAGAUGCUUAUUCCAGCCUAUUUGAUGUUGGAAAUCCUGAUUUUAUUGAAAUUAAAGGGGUGACGUACUGUGGAUCGUCAGCCACAUCGAAGCUAACAAUGGAAAAUGUUCCCUGGCAUUAUGAUGUAAAAGAGUUUUCAGAAGCGAUUGCUCGAAAGAGUGAUGGGGCAUAUGAGGUUGCCUGUGAGCAUGUCCAUUCGUGUUGUGUUCUUUUGGCUAAAGUUGACAAAUUUAAGGUCAAUGGCCAGUGGCAUACAUGGAUAGACUAUGAGAAGUUCCAUGACCUGGUAUCAACUGGAGAACCAUUUACCAGUAACGAUUACAUGGCUCCUACACCAUCCUGGGCUGUCUAUGGAGCAGAGGAAGGCGGUUUCGAUCCACAGCAUACUCGCUAUAGAAAAGAACGGCACCACAAAUCUGCACGCUGAACAGGUGCGUUUUGAAUUUCAAAGGUUUUUUGAGACAUCUUCUUCUGCCUUCAGCAGAAAUGUUGAUGCUGAAGAUGUCAUUCUUUAGACAAGGUCCAUGGGGCGACCCUCGAUAUAAUUGUGCUCCGACAUGGAGAACACACAGAUGGGAUGAUUUUGAACCCAGCAAAGACUAAAUGAGACAUGUAUUAGGUUUCGUCUAUUAUCCUCUUACAGCAAAAGCCAAAGGAGUUGAAAUUUUUGAGGCUAAUUCAUUUUUAGAUAGGUCCGAAGAGAAGUUGAAAAGAGCAGCUUGCUUAUUAAUGAUUGGCCAUAUAGUUGAACUUCUGCAAAUGUUUUGUAUUCGGUUAUAAGAAAUUUUGUAAUUUUAUUAUAAGAAUCAAUUUCAUUCGGUUAUAAGAAAUUUUGUAAUUUUAUUCGGUUAUAAGAAAAUUUCCAGAUUUCUUGUAA